CCUACGCUUAGUUUCUACAAAUCAUUUUUGAGCAACAGAUCGUCUACAACUAAAGUAUAUAUAUAUAUAAUAUAUAUAAUCAAUAAUGGCUUAUUCGAAUCGUGGUUUUGAUUUCUAUCUGCCGUCGGGCGGCUGGUGCAAUCCAAAGGAUGACAUGUACUUUCGGCGCAGCGUCGAGUGGGUGCCCGUGCGCAGCGCUGGCAUUGGACGCUCCUUUGCGACUACCAACGGCGUUAUAUAUCCGCGGGUGAUCGGUUUGUUGCCACGCUACGGUGGACACGUGCCCGGCGAGAUAUAUAACGUGGGGCAUUCCUUUGGGCGUUCUACCGUCGACGCCAAACGCUGGCUGGCCCUGCAUCAUGAGUAAAAAAAAAAACUCGAAGCAAUAUAUAGAAACAAAAAUUCCAAGCUGCAUAAGCUCGUUAUAAAUUAUA